AUGGGCGUCAAGGUGUCCCCAUGGAGAGUGGACAAGCUCUCUCAGACAGAGCCCACCUGCACAGACCAGUCGAAGAAGCGCAUGGUUUACCGAGUCGGAGGAUUUUGUAAUGCCGUUGAAGGCGUGCUGGGAGAGGGCACUCUGUCCUCAUUGGCUGAAAUAAGACUUUUAUCUCCCAACAUGACUGAAGCCGAUGAACGAGUGAUCGGCAAUUCGAUCACGAUCAGAUAA